CUUCGGCUCCCUCCGCCCGCCGCCCGCCGGGGCCAUGAACGCCUCGCUGGGGAACCAGACGGAGGCGGCGGGGCUCUUCCUGGCCAACAGCAGCCUCUCCCUGGAGCGGGUGCUGCGCUCCUUCACGCCGCGCUCGGUGGUGACCGACGACGGCUUCGUGGUGGCCGCCCCGGACGAGCGGAGCCUCUACAUCAUGCGGGUGGUGCAGAUCGCCGUCAUGUGCGUCCUCUCCCUCACCGUCGUCUUCGGCAUCUUCUUCCUGGGCUGCAACCUGCUCAUCAAGUCCGAGGGCAUGAUCAACUUCUUGGUCAAGGAGCGGCGGCCGUCCAAGGAGGUGGAGGCGGUGGUGGUGGUAUCCUACUGAGCCGCCCCCUCGCCGCCGCCGCCGCCGCCGAGAGGACUUGAAGGAAGUGGCCGGCCACAAGUUGCCUUUCUGCGAACUCUGCCUCCCGACCAUGGUAGGGCGUCUGGGGAGGAGGUGGGGGGGCGGCGAGCCCUCCUGCCCCGCAAGAGAUGCUCGAAGGGGACCCUGUCCGAGAGCUUAACUCCUGUGUCCUCUGCUUAUCGCACGGAGGCGGAGGGAGAGCUCGCCUUGUCUGGCGUGGGGAGAGGGAUGGGGUCGAAAGAGUGGGAGUUAUUAAGCCGGGAAGCCGCCUUAUUCUUUGUAUGUAUGUGUCUCCUGUAAAUAGCAAUGUAA